AAAUCAAGAACAUCACUUCACUCUUAAACUAUAAAUUCCUUUCAUAUUUUUCUAUUUGCAAUAAUGGCACCAAAGGCAGAGAAAAAGCCAGCAGAAGAGAAGAAAGCGACCGUGGCCGAAAAAGCUCCGGCAGAGAAGAAAGCAAAAGCUGGCAAGAAACUCCCAAAAGACGCCGGUGAGAAGAAAAAGAAGAGGGCUAAGAAGAGUGUUGAGACAUACAAGAUCUAUAUCUUCAAGGUGUUGAAACAAGUGCAUCCUGAUAUUGGCAUUUCUAGUAAGGCUAUGGGGAUUAUGAACAGCUUUAUUAAUGAUAUUUUUGAGAAGCUUGCUCAGGAAAGUUCUAGAUUAGCUAGGUAUAAUAAGAAGCCUACUAUUACUUCAAGGGAAAUUCAGACUGCUGUCAGACUUGUGUUGCCUGGAGAGUUGGCUAAACAUGCUGUUUCUGAGGGGACUAAGGCUGUUACCAAGUUUACUAGCUCUUGAAGAUUGGGUCUGAAGUCCUAUGGUUUAAAUUGAUACACCUUAAAACCCAUAUGGUUCUAAUAUUAAUUCCCAACUUUAAUUUUUUUUGGAAUGUAAUGAAAAGUUCAAAGUAAUUGACAACUUUUUGAAUGA